AUGCCAGAACGCAGCGUCGCAUCGUUCGAGAUCGAACGACUGGAAAUAAGCGACGGAAUAUCUGACAAGACAAUCUACGAACCAAUCCCAGCGGGCGAGUUCAUACGCGUCUUGAAACUCCAACCCGGCGAUACCGACCAAGACAUCAAGUGCAGCCUCGAGAUCGUCAACAUAGAACAGUCCAAGGGCUCAUAUGAAGCCAUAUCUUACGUUUGGGGCGACCCCAACAAUACUGUCAACGUGCAGUGUAAUGGACAGCGGGUGCCGAUCACCGUCAGCCUCGCAGAUGCCCUCCGAACCUUUCGCCACGCAUCUGAACCUCGAGUUCUAUGGGCGGAUGCUCUGUGUAUCAACCAGGAAGACAAAAGUGAGAAAGGGCACCAAGUGAAGAGAAUGGGCGAGGUGUAUGCCAAUGCGAAACACGACCUCAAUCUUCGUCUCGCCUACGCGCUAAUGAACAAUGCCGCGGAAGGGCCGUUCGUUCUUUCGGCUGCCACUCACAACAGGAGAGACAGACUUCUGAACGGCAUGCAUCCUUCUUGGCUACCGCAAAAGUUGAUUGAGACAUAUGAAAAGAGUAUCAUUGUGGCGAGACCGGGUGACCAGGAGGCUGUGAUGGACGUGAAAGAGAGACUAGACGCAACAUGGGUCAAGGCGAAACUUGACGAACUCUACGGCGCGAGUAUGUUUUUGACUAGAGAUGGGCGCAUCGGAAUAGCUCCACAGGGCGAUCUGGUCGAAGUCGGCGAUGUGUGCUGCGUUAUCUUCGGGGCAACUGUGCCUUUUCUCCUCACACCGGUAAGAGAAGGCCGGCACAAGCUUAUAAGCGAAUGCUACAUCAAUGGUGUAAUGAACGGCGAAAUUAUGCAACAGUUCGAUGGGAACGAUCUCAGCGAGCAUCGUUUCGUUCUGGAAUAG